AAAGUGAUAAAAAGUCAAGGACUUGCAGAAGCUACGCGCUCAUGCAGACGCUUCCCUUCUCUUUCGUGCUCCUCCGCUUUCUUUCUUAUUCGUCGUAUUCAUCAUCGGUCUUAUUCUUCUUGUUUCGUUCUCGAAUCAGCGUUUCUCUACUCUCUUUGUGGAGUUGUUUCGGACAUAGCAGAGAAUCAAGAAGAAGUAGGAAGAGAGGCAAUGGAGAAGAAGGGUGGUAAGCAAUCGGAAUGCCCAAUCGCUCUGGGUGAUCACUACGACGUCCUGGAGGAGGUCUUCAAGCACCUCGACGCGCGUUCCCUCUGCAUUGCAGCCUGCGUUUGCAAGCAGUGGAAGCUCAUCUGCGCCCACGACAGAACCUGGGAGCACCUCUGCAACCGACUUGCCCCCGCCGCUGCCACCACCGUCUCCGCUUUCACCACCAACCAAAUCCGGUCAGUCGUCGUCGCCAUGGGCGGCUUCCGCCGCCUUUACCUCAUGUGUAUCCGGCCCCUGUUCGAGCGCCUGCGGCCUCCGCCUGGACGCAGCUCCGGCGCCGGAAAAUGGACGAGAGAGCAAGCGCAGCUGUCUCUCUCGCUCUUUUCGAUCGAUUGUUACGAGAGACUCGGUUCCGAAUUGAGUGAAUCGGGUUCCACGUCCCCAUCUCUGUCCUUGAGAUUCCUUUCCAAAUUGCAGUGUGAAUCCGGUGGUAUAUGCUGCGCCGGUCCAAGUUUGUAAGUGGUAAUAUGUAACCUAAAAAUUCUCUUUCUUUUUCUUCUUUUGUUUGGAACACAAAAGUUGCACUGUGAUGACUUGAGAUAGGACACUGAGAGAGGAAAGAUCUUCAACGGCCAAUCUUCUCCUGUUCAUAACGAGAAAACACAUUAUGGGCAUUCACUAAGAUGCAUUUG